AUGGAUGGAAAAUCGGAAACAUUCACUUCCGGAAUUUCAAACGAGGACGACGACAAUGAUCAACCAUUCGCGGUCACAGAAUCCCUUAUUAAAUCGUUAGAAAGUGCUGAUAACGAAGUAACUAUGCCGAUACGAACGGAAAAGGUGUUGACAACGCUCAGCGAUCAAUAUGCUAAGCAUCCUGUAAAUACAUUCAUUGAAAGUACUGAUGGCACUUACUUGAGUAGUACUGUUCGACCAACAACCACAUCUACAUUCGAUAAUGAGCUCACUUCAGUACCAUCAGUGCCUGCCCACAGGAUCCAGGAUUCUAUCUUCUCAGAAAGCUCCACACCACCUCAUGAGGUUCCCACAGCGAAGAAGAAGAAGAAAAAUGAUACCGUAUACGGUUUGAACAAAUCGGAAUUCCAAGGGUACCUGUAUCUGACAGAUGUCGGGGAUCCAACAAAUGAAUGGACGGGCGAACUAUCAAACGACAAUUUCCCGGAAUCUGUGGUUAGCUUUGAUCAGGGUAGUGCAGUUGAGGAGCACUCGGAUAGGAGCGGCGAUCUUCACGUUGAGGAUGUAGUGGUGGCUCCUCGAGAAAACGGUUUCCCACGCGGCGCGCGAGAGCGGCGGCCGGCUGGCUGGGAAAGUCGUGCCGGGCACGACACUGGGGGCGGCCGAAAAGAACCGCUAGGGAGAAGAUGGAGGCCUGAUGGUACUGGCCACAAGUGGGACCCCGAAGGGCCAAUGGUUGCCGAGAACCGGACGGCAGGUGUAUGCCCGCAGGCAAAGGUCUUGCCUGAUGACGACGUAGACGACUCGUGGCGUUGUACUGAUUCGCUCGACAAGUGGUUGUCCAUGAAGACGACGUUGAAUAGGAGGAGACGGCGAUGUGCAGCGGCUCGACAUAUACAACAACGACUUGACAUGGGUUCAGCGGCUCGACAUGGGUUAAGUGCGGCUCGACAUGGGCAGCGGCUCGACAAGCAGCGGCUCGACAUGGCUGUGGCUAUAGAUGGAUGGUGGACAGUGGGACCCAACUAG